GCCUUUGUAACCAAAACCAAAGUGUCUCUCUUUUCUUCUUCCUAAAUUUCUUUCCACGAGAAUUGAUUUGGGUUUGUGUUGUUUUUUUCUUUCUUUUUUGGGUUUUUGUAAUUGGGUUGGUGAAUAAUCCUGCAAAAGUGUUCGAUGAUUUUCUCCAGAGAAGAAUUUUGAAGUUUCUCUUUUUAGAGAUUUUUUUUGUUGUUGGGGUUUUUUGUUUUCUGGGGGAAAUUGAAAAGAGAUGGCAGGUGAAGAAGAUUGGAUAGAACUAAAGUUUAGACUAGCAGAUGGUACAGACAUAGGUCCAAGCAAGUAUAAUCAAUCUAUGACUGUUUCUUCUCUUAAAGAGAAACUCAUUUCUCAAUGGCCUAAAGAUAAAGAAAAUACUCCAAAAACUGUAAAUGAUAUGAAGCUCAUCAAUGCCGGGAAAAUACUGGAGAACAAUAGGACACUUGCUGAAUCCAGGCUUCCUGUUUGUGAACUUCCUGGAAUGAUCAUUACUAUGCAUAUUGUUCUUCGCCUUCCUACGUUAGACAAAAAGAGCGAAAAACUGCAGAAUGAUCCACCGAUGAAGAAUCGCUGCGUGUGCACCAUUUUGUAGCUGCAAGUAAAUUGGAUCAUAGAGAUUUAUAUCCGUCAUGAUCAUGGCACUAGAUGAUGCUCCACGGAACAACUUCCAUGGCAUCAAACAAGCUUUGAGAAGUUCCUUCAGUACAGAAUGAUUGGCAUAGGCAUGAAAACAAAAGAUCUUCAUUACAGAAUUUGGUUCCAUGUGUGUGGUUUUUAAUUAUUAUUUUUUAAAAAUCAAAAUGGCUUGAGAAAAUGUACUAUGAUUCUUGAAGGUUGGUUCUUUUAUAAAUAUAUACAAUAUGUUCAAUACAACAGUAAAUAACAAGAAUGGUAUUGUCCUUA